AUCAAGGGCUUUAAAAUUUGGGUGUGUGUGUAUAAGAGACAAGAUAGUGCAAAGUUCUUAGAAGUUAGAUCAGAUUUGAAGUUUAGGAUACAGGACAAAGUUUUACAAUGUUUUCGUGGUUACAUAGAAACGAGGACCGUAUGAAACAUCCAGAAAUUUUCGAAAAUGUCGUCGAAGGCUUGAAGAAAGUAUACAAGACUAAAGUUUUACCAUUGGAGGAAACUUACCUUUUUCAUGAUUUUCAUUCACCGCUUCUUGAUGAACCUGAUUUCGAUGCUAAGCCAAUGGUUUUACUAGUCGGGCAGUAUUCCACUGGAAAAACCACAUUCAUUAGAUACUUGCUGGAAAAGGACUUCCCAGGUAUACGUAUUGGCCCAGAACCUACCACAGAUAGGUUUAUUGCAGUUAUGUACGGGGAACAAGAAGGUAUUGUUCCUGGAAAUGCAUUGGUUGUAGAUCCUAAAAAACAAUUCAGACCACUUUCAAAAUUUGGAAAUGCCUUCUUGAACCGAUUCCAGUGUUCUAUGUUGAAGUCUGACGUUUUGAAAAGUAUGACAAUUGUUGAUACUCCUGGUAUUUUGUCUGGAGAAAAACAACGAGUUGAUAGAGGCUAUGACUUUACAGGUGUUUUAGAAUGGUUUGCUGAAAGGGUAGAUAGAAUUAUUCUUCUGUUUGAUGCUCAUAAAUUAGAUAUCUCUGAUGAAUUUCGAAGAAGCAUUGAAGCUUUGAGGGGCCAUGAUGAUAAAAUAAGAAUCGUGUUAAACAAAGCCGAUAUGAUAGAUCAUCAGCAGCUUAUGAGAGUUUAUGGUGCUUUAAUGUGGUCUUUAGGAAAAGUUUUACAAACCCCAGAAGUUGCAAGAGUUUACAUUGGAUCUUUUUGGGACCAGCCACUAAAGUAUGAUGUCAACAGAAAGUUGUUUGAAGCAGAAGAACAAGAUCUUUUUCAAGACAUCCAAAAUUUACCGAGAAAUGCAGCUCUUAGAAAAUUGAAUGAUUUAAUUAAGAGAGCUCGACUUGCUAAGGUACAUGCCAACAUAAUCGGCAUCAUCCGCAGAGAAAUGCCUUCUGUCUUUGGCAAGGAGAGUAAAAAGAAAGAACUAAUAAAAAACUUGAGUAAUAUUUAUAUAGAAAUCCAACGAGAUCAUCAGAUUCCUCCAGGGGAUUUUCCUGAUCUAAAGGACAUGCAGGAGAAAUUACUCCAUCAUGAUUUCACUAAGUUUCAUCAAAUUAAGCCAAAACUGCUAGAAACAGUGGAUAGAAUGUUAGCUGAAGACAUUGCAAGGUUAAUGAGCAUGAUUCCUCAUGAGCAGAUUCAAAACACCAAAGAUAAUAAUGUCACUGGAGGAGCUUUUGAAGGUGUGGCAGAGCAAAGUCCAUUUGGUUAUGGACGUGGUGAGGGCAUAGAUGCUGGCUCUUUAGAACCAGACUGGAUUGUUUCAAAGGAAAGAUUUAAGUAUGAUGAAGUGUUUGAUAGUUUGAAUCCUGUGGAUGGAAAGAUAUCUGGAGCAAGUGCCAAGGCAGAAAUGGUCAAAUCUAAACUUCCCAACACUGUGCUAGGGAAGAUCUGGAAACUGUCUGACCUAGAUAAGGAUGGAAUGUUAGAUUCAGAUGAGUUUGCAUUAGCCAUGCAUUUGAUAAGUGUAAAACUUCAAGGUCAUGACCUUCCAACAGAACUGCCUAAACAUCUUAUUCCUCCUGGAAAACGAGGCUUUGUAGCUUGACUUACACGGCAUAGAUAGUUGGCCAACCUUGUGCAAUGCUGAACUUCUUUAGUGCCAGGAAUGAUUUAUUUUGGGACCCAAAAGUAUAUGUAGUGUGGGGGUUAUUGCACUAUGAUAAUGUCAUUUCAGGUUUUGUACAUUGACUUUCAUUCCAGAUACCAAAGCAUAGAAUAAAUGUUGAAUUAUUGAAUCAUAUAAUUACCUGCACAUAUUGUUUAAGGUUAUGUUCAGGAGAUUCUAAGUUAAUUUUUAAAAUUUUAAUUCAUUAUUAUUCUUUAUUCAUCAUUAAAUGUAUUUCAUGUAAGCCUAAUUUUCGUUGGAAUGUAUAGAAUAAAAGCAAAUAAUGUCAGUGAUAUUGUGCAGUAAGGACAUCAGUUUUAGUGUAAAUUAAGAUACAUUAAUGUCUUAUUGAAAUAUAUGCACUUAUUGUGCUUGAAGCUCUAGCCAUUACAGUGAUUACUAGAUUAUUCUGAACUUUUUUUUUUGGAAUUUUUUGUUUCUUUAAUUUUAUUGAGUUAAUUAAAUCCAGAUUAAAAAACUGGAAUGAAUGACUAUUUGGAGCAAAGUAUUAAAUGUAUUACAGUUGUUAAUAAACUACCUUAUAUAUUUGA